UUUGCAAAGCAGUGGUCUUUUUAAUUCAUAUGUUUGUCUUUUAUUUAAAAAAAAAAUAUUCCUUUGUGUUUCACGUGGUAACUUAACAACUUGGAGUUUAAAGCUCAAGGAUGAUUCAAAGUUUAAUCCCUGUGAUCUUGGAAAUUCUUAUUUCCAAAGUUAAUAAUAGAUUGUUUAAGGGUUAUUGUAACCAACUCUGCUAUUACAAGUCAAUUUAUGAAGAAAAUCAGCAAUAUUGCUGAACAGUGUAUGGAGCCUCCAUCAAUUGAAAAACUUUCACCUCGAUACUUCAAUUAUUCAGCUUCCAUUAAUCAAGUACUUUCUAUGAAAUUGAGCGAGUCUAUAGAUAGUGAUUUAGAAAGACAGCACAACUAUUUAUUGUCAUUAGUGAACAUGACAGAUGAGAGAAUGGUUUGCACAAUCGGUGGUCUUCUUAAUUAUAUAUCUCUAACAGCACCCAGUUUACGAUUAAACAAGCCUUUUGAAAUUUCUGAUAUAAAACCUAUAAAUUUUGAAUCGUUGACCCUUAUUGAUAAUGAAACAUACAAAAAUCUUCAAAUUUUUGACCCACUACAACAUCCAUCAAGUUUUAAAUGGUCAUCAACAGAAAAUAACGAGGGCGUGAGCAUGUACAACCUUAUCGAAAAGAAUUGUUCCUCAAUGGGGCUCAACCGUCUCAGGUCAUUUAUGUCAAAGCCAACAUGUGAUCUUUCUGUAAUACAGAAACGACAUGAAGUUAUUAACUUCUUCAUGCAACCAAACAAUUUUCAUGUUAUACAGACACUGAAAACAUAUGUUUCACAACUUUCAUCACCUUCGGUGCUUUCUACAUACUUGGGCAGAUUGAAUCUCAGAGGAAGUCAUUGGAAAUUUAUUUACAGGAAUAUAUUUUACACUGUAUCUUAUGCUGAGGUGUGCAAGGCUAAUACCACAAAUGUCGCACUAUUCGCAGAGUUGGGUGCAGACAUAAACGAUAUUGUGUAUUCACUUGCCCACAAUCUGGAAAGUACAAUUGAUCUUGUCAACAUGGAGAAAAACGUGCACUUUGUAAUCAAGCAUGGUUUUUUCCCACCCCUUGAUGAAGCGAAAUUAAAGUUUUCAAAAUUGACCCAACAAAUGGACCAGAUAACGCCUUAUGAAUUUGACACUGUGCCGGAGUUCAUACCGAAAAUUAAGCUACUGUACAUACCUGAGCUAAAAUUUGUUCUUUCUAUACCAUUUUGGAAAAACGGACUAACUCAAGAGGAGCUCAACUUGCCCAACCUUCAUUUCAUGUUUGUGGCAAAUAAUAUGGCUUUUUAUAAAACAAAAAGGUGUUACGAGUUGGACAAACUUCUUGGCGAUGUUCAAACUGAUAUCAUAAAACAAGAAACAAAUAUAAUUAGGGCACUCGGCAGAUAUUUAAAUAAACACAUACAUAAUGUAGUUGUUCUAAUGAACAAAAUCAUAGAUUUAGAAUGUAUUUUCGCAUUGGCUAAAACAGGCAAGGAAAACAAUUUCAUUCAACCGUACAUCGUUCAAGAAAAAGUUAUUAAAGUUGUUAACGGUUGGCAUCCACUGUUAAAAGUGUAUAUGGACAACUUCAUUCCAAACGAUGUGCAAACUUCAGUGGCAGAUGGCUUAGUAAAUGUAAUAUUUGGGCCAAAUGCAAGUGGUAAAACUAUAUUUUUGAAACAGAUUGCCUUGAUUGCAUAUUUGACUCACAUUGGAAGCUAUGUUCCGGCUGAGGAGGCAAAAAUUGGUCUGUUGAAACGCAUUUAUGCAAGAGUGCAAGAAUCCGAAUCAAUAAUAUCGAAGGUGUCUUCAUUAAUGUUAGAAUUAAGAAGUAUGGCAUUUGCGACUACUAAAACACCACCAGCUUCACUCUUAAUAUUAGAUGAACUUGGCAAAGGAUCUACUGAGCUGAAUUGUACAGCUAUACUUACUAGUUGCAUUCAACAGUUUUUGUCUCGAAAUGAAAACUGCCCACUAGUAUUUAUAUCAACCCAUUUAACGGAUAUUAGCCAAUAUAUUGGUGAUCAACAAUUACUUUCGUUUCUGAUAAUGGAUUACAUAAUACAACAAGGAGAGCUGGUAUUUCUUCAUAAAGUGAAAAAAAGUUACGCACAUUCAAACUAUGUCUUUGAGGUGAUUGAAACCCUCGACCAAACACUUCCGUUUGUGAAGACUGCCAAAAUAGUACUUGACGCACUAAGGACAGGAGAAAAUAUGUUACCAUAUAGUGAAACAAGACUAAAAAGAAGUCAAAGGCAUAUGAAAUUUGCAAAAAAAUUUUCAGAGCUUGACAUGAGCAAAAGCGGUUAUAUGGAUAAACUCCGUGAAAAAAUUCAGCGUUAUUACGAAGCAAGUUUUCACAUUUGAAGUUUACUUGAAUUCAUUUUAGAUAUAUUCAACGACAGUUGUAACAUACUUAAAUAAAACAUGUUUAAUAUCAAAAUGUAUAUUUUCAAUUUGAUUUUUCAA